AGUAAAACUGUUGCGUUUUGCAGCUGCGGGUGGAACCAGGUCAGGAKGUCCUGAGGAAAGGGAAGGGGUGGUGAGUCAGAGGAAAGGAGACGGAGGAGCGCCCACCAGCGAGGAGCCCGAGUCCGUGUCACUAAAGGAACGCAUGGCCAUGUAUCAGGCUGCCGUGUCCAAGAAGGAGGCCAGCAGCUCAUCCGCCACGGUUAUGGAGGAGUCUGAAGUCUGUUCUCUGCCAGGGGGUCUGGCCGGCGUGAAGAAACAGUUUGAGAGCCAGGAGUACGCCUCCUCCUCCCAGUCCCAGACCAGCGUUACGCAGGUCCACUUAGAAAAGAGAUCCGUGCAGGAGGUGUCCAGCUCACAGGAGGUGACAGUGAGGAGCAGUGUCAGGGAGGUCAUUCCCACCACUCAGCAAGUGGACUACUUCCAUGACCAGGAGGUGACUCAUGAUCAAAGAGUUCAACAAAACAACGUGGCCUCCAGUUAUGAAAAGCAUUAUGACGAAACGGUUAAGGUCAUUGGAGGAGAGGACUUACCAAAGGUCUCCACUCAGGCUUUGAAGCAGCAGUAUGAGAAGACGGUAGAACAGGCCACGCCGGGCAAGCAAAUGAAGAUUGAUCUGGAUUAUAACCAGUUUCAAUGGGCACCGGUAAACCAGUCCUCCUCAGCAGCAGAUAGCUAUGAACGUUUGUCCACUGUUAAACAAUCAUCCAGAGCUUCAGCAGCAACGAGCUAUGAAACCUCAUCCACUAUGAGGACAGGGGUUGUCUCUUCAUCUACCGCUGCCUCAGCCUCAUCCAAUAUGAGGACAGGGGUUGUCUCUUCAUCUACCGCUGCCUCAGCCAAUAUGAGGACAGGGGUUGUCUCUUCAUCUACCGCUGCCUCAGCCUCAUCCAAUAUGAGGACAGGGGCUGUCUCUUCCUCUACCGCUGCCUCAGCCUCAUCCAAUAUGAGGACAGGGGCUGUCUCUUCCUCUACCGCUGCCUCAGCCUCAUCCAUGGAUUAUGAGACCAUGGAGCACUUCCCUCCUCCACCCACUGAACUAAUGCCCCAGGAGGUCCCRGAGUMCUGUGACUCUCRCCRGCCUCAGGAGCAGGCUGGCCAACAGAGAUACAUCUUCAACAAGGAGCAGUACUCCAAGCAGAYGAACCGCAAUGAGCUGAAGCGCCUGUACAAGCACAUGCACCCAGAGGUUCGGAGGACCAUGGAGAAGGACUACUUCACCGACGUCACGGAGAUCGAGCAGMCACAGRUGGAUAGUGAAGAUGAGAUGACCGGGGAAGUCCAGCAGGCUUGCUAUGUGUUUGAYAACAGUGGUGGGGAUGAAUGUAUGAGCCCUGAGGGAGAUUARCUGGAGUGGGACGAGAUCCUUAAAGGGGAGGUGCAGUCCAUGCGCUGGAUGUUUGAGAAUAAGCCGCUGGAUACCAUUAAAGAUGACACCSCAGAUGAGGAUGAUGAAGUGAAGAACAUUGCUCAGCAGGAAAUCAUUGCAGGAAGUGAUGUCAAAUACACAGCKUGGAUGUUUGAGACCCAGCCCAUGGAUGCGCUGCGUGRAGACACRCCAGAKUCKACRGUACAGACAGGGAAAUUGACCGAGCUYGCGAGAGGAGACGUACGAACAGCCACAUAUCUUUUUGAGACCCAGCCACUGGAUUGURUGAAUAYAWUCUACCAGGAGGAUGAGCAAGCCUUGGAGGUUGUCUUCACUAAAGAUAUUACAGGAGGGGACGUGAAAACGGCCAGGUAUCUGUUUGAAACUCAACACUUGGAUUCCCUCAGCCACACAGAGACCAUUGAGGAGAGCCACUUSUUGAACCUGAAGUCAGAGCUUGAGGAGAUCAAAGGGGAAGUGAAGACAACCACACGGAUGUUUGAGACCCAGCCCAUGUGUGUCAUCAGGGGCGACUCUGGAAAUAUACUGGAGAUCACCGCCAUCCGCAGGGAGGAGAUGGAGAAAGGAGACGUGAAGACCUCCCGCUGGCUCUUUGAGACCCAGCCUCUGGACAUGAUCAACAAAGACCCUYCCAAGGUGAAGCUGAUCUGUGGAGUCUCCAUGGAGGACAACUCSCAGGGAGYCGUGAACCGAGGGAGGUGGCUGUUCGAGACAAAGACACUGGACUCCAUUAAAGARGAGGAAUGGCAAAGCAUCAGGCAAAAGGAGGAGAUUAUUGGAGCWGAUGUGCGGAAGCACUGRCUGGUUUUCGAGACACAGCAGAUGGAUACUCUGAAAGACAARGCCAAUGCCAGACCUUUACCCUCAGAGGAGAUUGUAGGAGGUGAUGUGCGAUCAGCAAAACAUCUGUUUGAGACAGUGCCAAUYGAGAACCUGAAGGAURUGGCUGAAGUAGGGAAACUUCAGAAGAUGGUUGCGUCCGAGGAGGAGAAGGGUGAUGUUAGACAUCAGAAGUGGGUUUUUGAAAGUCAACCACUUGAAAARAUAAGGGAGGAGAAGAAGGAAAUGACACGKWCUAUAAACCUUGAAGAACUUGAUAAGGGCGACGUCACAAAUCACAAGGAAAGAUUUGAAACCUUGGAUUUAAGCAGAUGUGAGGGGGCACAGAGAAUUCAAGUUGAAGGUGUUACCAGUGGGUCUGUGAAAUCAAACAAAGUUKUUUUUGAAUCCACCCCGAUGUARGCCAUGCAAGACAGRGAGGGACACUACCACGAGGUGAAAACCGUGCGACGUGAGGAGAUAGUAAAAGGAGAUGUUCGAAGCUGCAGGUGGAUGUUUGAAACACYUCCUAUCGAUGAGUUUGAMGAAAGUAMCAAUAAAUUCCAGAUUAUAAAAGGUAUAUCAAAGGAGGAGAUUGAAUCGGGCGAUGUCAAGACUGCCAAGUGGUUAUUCGAAACMCAACCCCUCGAUGGUAUUAAACAUUUCAGCAACACUGAAGAAGAUGAAACUAAGACAAAGGAGAGUGUUGAAAUUGAGAAAGGUGAUGUGAAAACCUGCAGGUGGCUGUURGAGACUCAACCAAUGGAUAAUCUGUAUGAGAAAGCAGAUAAGGUGAGGAAUGAGACUGAGGUUGAGGAGGUCAYCAAAGGGGACGUCAAAACAUGCACAUGGCUCUUUGAGACUCAGAACCUCGAUAACAUCUGUGACCAUUCAGAGUCCGAAUCGGAGACCGUUCUCAAAACCUGCACUGUCAAACWAGAGGACGUCCAAGGCAAAGAUGUGCAUCARGCUCGCUUCCUCUUUGAGACAGAGAACCUGGAGAACCUCACAGGGGAGGAGAGUGGUGCCUUCAGYAGGGUGACUAAGAUUGAUGUCCAGUCUGGAGAUGUGUCUAGGAUGAAGUUUCUCUURCAGAAUKGGUCUUCKGACAUCAUGACCUCAACCUCAUCUGAAACAAUGCAUAAGCUGAAGACRCUUACGGCGGAGGAAAUUCAGAAAGGAAAUGUAGUGAACAACAUGUGGCUUUUUGAAAACCAACCUAUAGACACUAUCUGUGAGGAUACAGAGGGAGCCAAGGACACUCGCACCGUAACCGAUGUGCUGGGAGGAAACGUUGGUCAAGGACGCUUCGUUUUCGAGACUUACUCUCUCGAUAAAAUCCAGGAGGAGUCCACCGAGACUGAGAUGUCAAAACUCCAGAGCAUCAUCAGGGACGAUAUAGAGAAAGGGGAUGUGAAAAGCUACACCAUGAUGUUUGAAAAUCAGCCACUGUAUGCAAUCUGUGACAAAGAGGGCCACUACCAUGAAGUUACCACUAUGACAAAGGAAGAAAUCAUGAGCGGAGARGUGGUGGGGGCCCGGUGGUUAUUUGAGACAAAACCUCUGGAUUCAAUAAGGGACACYGACGACGUCUAUGUCAUCAAAUCUGUCACUGAGGAGGACGUCCAGAAAGGUGAUGUCAGCACGGCCAGGUGGAGGUUCGAAACACAACCUCUUGAUGAAAUCGCUGAGGACAUGAAAGUGUUGACUAAAACAGUUGAAGAUAUCCAGGGUGGRGAUGUGAAGACAAACAAARACCUUUUUGAGACAGAUGAAAUGUCRCAGAAGUAUGUUAGAACUGUUAGCGUGAGUGAGAUCCAAAAAGGGGACGUCAGGACGGCCUCYUGGAUGUUUGAAACACACAGCAUCGAUAAGAUCCAUGGCGAGGGCUCAGAAUAUGAUGAAAUGGAGACAGUGACAAAAGAAGAAGUGAUGAAAGGAGAUGUCAAGCAGUCUGUGUGGCUCUUUGAAAAACAGCCGCUUGACAGCAUUAAAGAGUCAGACGGAACAGAGACUGUUGUCACCCGGGAGGAGAUCCCACAAGCAGAUGUAAAGACAACAACAUGGCUUUUUGAAACCACUCCUUUAACCAAAUUUAAUGAGAACAGUGUAGAWAGAACUGAAAUAAUGGGGAAGAGCAUCAAAGAGACCCUUGYAGAGCUCUAUUGUCAGAAAAUGGUUGACUCACAAGGGAUUCUCAUUGAGACGGAUGAGAUAGGAGAUGUCAGAAUGGCKAAAUACAGACUCAUGAACCAAGAUGCUCCAGAAAUCCAGAAGGAGGAGGUGAUCAGAGGGGAUCUGAACAACAUCAUGAUGAACCUCCUAAACAGACGAGACAUGACAGAGAAAGGGAUAGUCAUAGACCAGGACGAGAGAGGCAACAUCAACACAACGGUAAAACAGCUAUUCAACCAAGAAAAGGGAUUCAAUGUUGAYAAGGAGGAAAUCCUCAGAGGCGACAUUCAAGAGGCCAUCAACAACCUACUGAAGGAGGAGGGCUCCUCAAAACGUGGAAUUCUGAUUCAAGAAGAUGAAAAGGGAGAUGUGCGAAUGACUAUAUACUCCCUCCUKAAUAAGGAAGACGGUGKUGGCAUUGAGAAGGAGGAUAUCAUCAAAGGCAAUGUCAGUAGGACCCUUCACAGACUCUUGUCCAACRCAGGGUCAGAGGAAUCUAAAAGGAUAAYGGUGGAAGACACYGAGAGGGGUAACGUUAGCUUUUACUCCACCUGUAUUGAAUCUGGGGCUCUGGAUUACCUCAAACAACUCCAGUUUGAACCUAAUGAGGAACAAGAASAMGCGCAGAAGGAACGUAUCAUUGGCGGCGACGUUAUGGAAACCAAAAUGACACUAAGGAAGAAUCAACAGCAGYUUGAACGCACAGUAGCUGAGGACGAUAUUGUCCCUGGUGAUGUCAACAACACAGUGAAGGUGUUCAUGAUGGAACCMGCUCUCUUYCUGYAAAACCUGCAGAAAGAGGAAAUUGUCAAGGGAGAUCUGAGGGCGGCCCUGGACUCACUGACCAAAACUAUUAGCAAGAGAGUCGUGAUAGAGAAAGAGGAAGUGGUGAAAGGGGACCUGCACACCACUCUGAGGUCUUUGGAGGAGGCUCAAAACCAAGCCAAGGAAAUGGAAAAGCCAGAAAUUGUCCGAGGUGAUAUCCGAGGAGCCCUCCAAUCAUUAGAGAAAUCGGCGACCACCAAGACUGAGGUAACUGUUGAGGAUUUAGUGCCCGGCGAUAUCAAAGGCACCUUGAAAUCACUAGAAGAGGCUAAGCAGGCAGUGAAAGAGAUGGAAAAGGAGGAGAUUGUAAAGGGAGACAUUCAUACUGCGCUGAAGGGUUUGCAUGAGGCCUCGAGUGAGAAAAAACUUUACCAGCACCAAGUGAGUGAACAGGGGGACGUGAGAGGCACAAUACAGCUGUUACUAGAACCAUCCACAUCCCCACGAAUGCAACGCAGGGGAAGCACUGAGGGAGAUGUGAAGACCUCCAUAAAAUGCCUCUACGAAGGGCAGGGGCAGGACCAGGAUGAGGAGCAAUCACAGAUGGAGAAGGAGGAGGUGAUAAAGGGAGAUGUUAAAGGAGCCAUAAAGAAUCUGAUGCAGAGAAAAGAAUAUUCAAAUCGGAAAGUGCGAAAGUAUCCUCCCAGGAAAGCUCCCAGAGUUCAUGUGAAAAAUCCAUUACCCACACAGCAAGUGAUGGACCAUGAAUACUUAGAUGUGGCUAAGAAUGAGAACGUCACAGUCAAUCUAGCCCCUGCUGUGAAAAACCUGUCUCAGAGUCAGAGCAGUAAAUCACAGGACACCACACAAAAGCACACCGAGAUGUACACUGAGAACAAAUCAGUGAAGAGCAGCACGACCCUCACCCAAGAGGAACACUCUAUGACAACACAGGUCCAAACAGUAAAUAUGUUGGAGGACUCACAGCAGGAACAUGUAAAAGAACAGACUGAAGUUAAAGAACAGACACAUGUUAAACAACAGAGUGUGAAACAGAAAAUGCAACCCCCUCCUAAGCACAUGAUCAUAAAGAAGAAAAACCUGACCAAUCAGAUGACCGAUAAUACAUCAAUUAAUCAGAUGACAGAGAUUAAAGCAGCCAAUCAGAUGACUGUGAAUCAAUCAGCCAAUCAGAUGACUGUGAAUAAAGCAGCCAAUCAGAUGACUGAUAAUAAAGCAACCAAUCAGAUGACUGAGAAUAAAGCAGCCAAUCAGAUGAUUGUGAAUAAAUCAGCCAAUCACAUGACUGAGAAUAAAGCAGCCAAUCAGAUGAUUGUAAAUAAAUCAGCCAAUCACAUGACUGUGGCAGGCAGCCCAAUGUCUCUGUCAUGCCAUAGCCCAAUGUUUCCCACAUCCCGUCCCCUGAUUAUGAGACAGGACAGUGACCUUCCGCCUCCACCUCCUCCACCCCCAGCAGAAUGCGGGGAGCCUGACUUUUUCCCUUCUCCCCCACCCCCACCCUCCGACGCAGGGCAAGACUUUCUUCCUCCACCGCCCUCACAACAAGAGCUAAACUCAAUGCCACACCAAGUGCCUACACCACCACCUGGAAAGCCAUUUAAAGCUAGGCCUUUAUUCAAAAUCCCAAAACCUGAGCCACCCAAGCAACCAAUACUGGUCAAACCAAAAUGGCAGAAAAAGCAAGCAGCACCACCACCGKCUCCUCCACCUCRUCAGCCAAUGACAGUUCAYACAGAACAUAAAYAGGAAGSAMUAGURKAGGAAGUCAAYAGUMWAAWCAGUUGUYAACAGGWYGAAAKUACAAAUACUACCAACACACAGGUUCAAUCUGAUURUACAGUGUCCACMACUAAAAUCCCUUCACCAAUCCCAGUGGCAAAACCACCACAGGAAGAGUUGCCACGACCACCUAAAAAGGUAUUCAUCCCUCCAAUCAAAAUACCCCCACCUGCAGAACCUGCCCCAGUUGCAAAACCUAAACCGUAUGCCAGUAAAUUCAAAACCCCACUGAUGCUGGCAGAGGAAAGGUAUCGUGUGCAAAGAGAGGAGGCUGACAGUAACAAGUCACAAGACACAACUCCCGCCACUUCACGAGUCACAUCUCCCACCUCUCCUCCAACUAAUUUGAUGGAAAUGAUGGGCUCAACCAAUGUUGCAAGUGAACAACACUCAGCUGCACACAAAACAGAGCAGUCAAAAGUGACCUCAGAGGUAACACAGGCUGAGGAAACUCAGUUUAAAAGCAAAGUAUGCACAGCAUCACAAGAGCCGCCCAUGAAGAAAGCUCUAUCACAUAUCCCCCUGAGCAAACCUUUGAUCUCAGUGGGAAAUAAGAAAUCAACCUCUGAAUCUGGAAAUAUUUCCUCAGAUAAGAAACACAUUACCACUGAUCAGUCCUCUAUGGUCUCUUCUGGGAAAGUACUCGCCUCGUCUGUUGCCUCCAGAAAACAUCAGUCUGUUUCCUCUGGCAAGCAUCAGUCUGUUUCCUCUGGCAAGCAUCAGCCGGUUUCAGUCUCUGCUGCUCACCCUCACCAUGAGUCCAACAUUAAAGUCCAAUCUGGCUCUAAUGUGAUUUCGUCCUCAGCAGCUGAGCAGCAGAGUGGUAUGAUCGCUAGCUCACGGUCUAUCAUCUCCACUCAGAGCAUUGUCCAGGAAAAUGUACAUCUUCAAACCCAAUCCGCCGUCCCAUACGAAGCAGAGGAGGAAAAGAAUACUAACGCCUCUCUCACACAGGAAGUAAAAAAGAUUGCAUCUCAGCCCAACAAGAUCAAAAUUCCAAAAGUGACACCAAAUUUCAAGGUGAGAACAGUGAAGUUGCCGACAGAGAAGAAGGAGGAGAAAAGCGAGGUGGUGGAAAAAGAUCAACGAGCAGUGAAAAACGAAUUACAUGUACAUCAAAUGGGUAUGGAGAAUAUUUCUAAGAGUGAGACCAGAGUAGUUCAGGAGAGCACGCAGAUGGCCACCAGUAGCUCAGCAAAAAAUGAAGUAAAGGUGGCGAUGAAUGUGAUACAGGAGAAAGCUGAGGAGGUUGAGAAAACUGCAGCUGCCAAGGAAACAAAGCUGGAGAUCCAAAUGACGACAAAGGCUAAGCAGAAAGGCAUUAAAGUCCCUUUGCCCAAAGAGCCAAAGCUAGUUCCCAUGCCAGUAGCUCAAGCUCCAGGGCACUGCCACAUAUCUGUCUCCCAUAGUCAACAGAGCAUGCAGGAACAGCACAUUCAGAAGCACGAGCAAGUGAUUGUUAAUGAGAGAGUAGUUCAACAGAGCUUCCAGAAGCAGGAACAGCAGGUUCGCACACAGAAGCAGCAGGUCAAGUCUUUCCAACAACAAGGAGAAGUAAGCAAAAUGCAGCAGCAUCAAGAGAGGUCGAAGGGAGAGUCUAAGGCUGUCUCCAUGAACAUUGCAGGGAAGGCAGCAGCACAGACCGAAACAGCUCAAUCAAUGGUGGAAAGCUCAGCUCAAUCGGUGGAGAGCACAGAUUCAGAGAAAUGUGUAAUGGUACAGAAGCUGCUAUUUAACAUUAAGCAGCUUCAUCCAGGGAAAAUGGAUUCAAACUCAGUGAGGGCAAUACUUAGUGAGGUCCCUGUCUGGUUGAUGAGGGCGGAGGAAAAGCGUGAUUUAACACAGGUUGCUGUUCAGCAGAAUAAGAAGAAGCUCACAGAAAUCAUGUUCCAUGUGAAAAACUUAGCACAAGCAAAACUUGUAAACUUAGAAGGACAAAUGGCAGCCAUGGCGAAACAGGAUAGAGAACCGGCACCUGCAUCAUCACCUGCACCACCACCCUCACCAGCAUCUGAAAAUAAAGGAUUUGGAGGAGCAACAGCCAAGAUAUCUAAAACAAGCAUUGGCUCAUCAAGAGUCGAAACCCAAAAGAAAAUGGUUGAGGAGAAGAAGAUCUCUCAUGAGAGCAAAAAAACGGAGCUGACUGAAGUAAAAGGUCCUGAUCCCAGAGUUCCCUCUCCCAUGCUUGCAACGCGAACACCUUCACCUACCUUCAUKAGCAUUGAAUCAGUGAGGAGAACAYACUCACCCRUCARYGUGACKCCCUCACCUCCUCRGUCAUACAGGUCUGGUGCCACCCCAACCCCACCKCCUCCCCCUCCCCGCACCCCUACCUCUCGGUUCUGUAGGGCCACACCCUCUCCCACCUUYAGCKGCUCAGAGAAGCUAGCCAAGUUGAAGGACACCACUGCGAAGCUCUCUCGGGGCAUGACCCCUCCSCCACCCAUGCCUGAGUUUCUGACSACAGAGCAAGCCUCUGACAGAGAGGAUUCCCCAGCGCUGAUUGAACCUGAGAUCCACAUGCAGACACAGGAGAUGGAGACUGGGACGACGACUCCGGAUGUGGCUGAUAUGGUUGACUCCAUGAUGACUGUCAGAGACAAGAAGUUCUUCUUUGAGGAAGCUCAGAAGGCAGAGGUGAGCAGGACAUACAUGCGGAAGGACCCCAUUGAAAUCUCGGAGCGCCUGGGUCCAGAGGAUCUAGAGGAAGUUCCUGAGGGUGUGAAUAUAGGCAUAAUGAAAGAGGAUCUCCCUAGGCUUGACCUGUCAAAGCUGGUCAAUCAAUUUGAAUCGCCACAACCAAAGCUGUUCAUCAGAAAAGAUCCCAUCAUCAUCACAGAUAGACUGGGAAGUGACACUGAAGAUCCAGAGGCAGACCCCAAAACGCCAAAAACUGAUGAAACACCUGCCUUCAACAUCAAGGCCAUCAAGAAUGCCUUUGACUUGGGUGAUCAUAAUGCUCUCAAAGAAGUGAGAGAGAAACAAGAGGAGAGAGAGAGGAGAGAAUCAGAGUCUGCCGAACCGAUGGGGCAUUCCGAAACAAAGUCCGUCACUGAGGAGUUCUCUGGCAUGGAUGAAUUUGGCAACGUAACAAGCGGGGUGAGGAGCGAGACCAGCAUGCACUCUGAGAGCCACAUGUCCCGCCCCCUCCCUCCCUCCUACGCCGACGUGGUGAAAGGGACGGUUGAAGAGAUGGCAGUUCCUGUGAAGGCCGCCACAGAGGACCUACUGAAGAGCUUCGACCAGUCCUGGGCCGAAAGAGAGAGUGUGUUCCAGAAUCUGGGAUUCAGUGUCUCAGAACAGAGGACAUCACAGAUUGUAACACACCAGCAGGAGACUGUCGUGACGGAAAACUCCAGUUCCAGAGUCCGAACUGUGCACGGUGUGUCUGAAGAGGGUGUAUCCGAUGGAGUGUCUGAUCGCAGACAAACACAAUUUCCAUAAAAGCUGCUUCCGCUGUGAGCACUGCAGUGGCAAACUAAGCCUUGGCAACUACGCCUCUCUCCAUGGACGAAUGUACUGCAAGCCACACUUCAAACAACUGUUCAAGUCCAAAGGAAAUUAUGACGAAGG